CAUUUCACCCAGCACACUUGUGGACUUGAUCAUCACUCUUCUGCAUCUCACAAUGGAGGAAACCUAUGUCAGGCAUGUGGAGUUGCUGGGCUUUGAGAAACGUUUCUUCCCCAGCCAGCACUAUGUCUACAUGCUGAUGGUAAAAUGGAACGACCUGUCUGAGAAGUUGAUCUAUAGAGGGUAUCCGGAGAUCUACACCUUUCACAAAUCCCUGAAGGAGAUGUUCCCCAUUGAGGCGGGUGACAUUGAUAAGAAAGACAGGAUCAUCCCUGCACUACCAGCGCCAAAGUGGUUGGACAACCAAAAGAGCACAGAGACCAGGCAGAGCACUCUGGCUGAAUACUGCGGUUCUCUCAUCAACCUGCCCCCCAAGAUCUCCCGUAGCCAGCUGGUACGCAACCUCUUCAAGGUCCGACCGGAGGACGAGAACCCACCCGCUCAACACCCAUUAAAAAGAAAUGAGACCUUUGUGGUGUCCAAUGACAAGCCAAGAGACAACACUUCUGAGAUCUCUGGCCCCAUCAUAUUGGAAAGCUACCGGGUGAUUGCUGACUACAGCCACACCUCCAAGUAUGAGAUCACCCUGCAUACUGGAGACUUGGUGGAGAUUGUGGAGAAAAGCCCAAACGGUUGGUGGUUCUGCCAGUGUGAGGCCAAGCGAGGCUGGGUGCCCGCCUCUUACCUGGAAGCCCUGGAUGGACCAGAGGAGUCUGAAGAAGCCGAUCCCAACUACGCAGGAGAACUCUACAUCACCACCAAAGCCUACAAGGCAGCACAAGAUGAUGAGCUGACUCUUGAGACGGGGGAAACUAUUGAGGUCAUUCACAAGCUCCUGGAUGGAUGGUGGGUGGUCAGGAAAGGAGAGGAGACAGGACACUUCCCCUCGAUGUUUCUCUACAGAACUGGAGAAAAGAAGGAGAUGGAGUCGGAAGAGCAUGUGAUUAGAAGACAGACACCUCCACCCAGACGUUCUACAAUCCGCAAUGCACAAAGUAUUCACAGCAAAGGACGGCAGCGCAUCAGCCAGGACACGUACCGCAGGAACAGUCGCCGCUUCCUGCAGCAGAAGGGUGGCCGGCCCAAUCAGCCCAGGAAGACGUCCAAGGCCUCCACACAGUCCCCGCUGCAGGAGAGGAAUAACAGAGACAACAUCCCAAAGACAGCGGGCUCUAGUCCGGGGUGUGAGCUGAAAGGGGCUCCCCUCAUCCCCCCUCGGCCCAGUCCUGAACUCAUCAUGGAGCGCUGCACAGAGAACACACGCAAGAAAGUCAGUGUCCGCAAAUCGAACUGAGCUUUAAGCUUUAAACUGUGUGGAUCUGGACUUGUGUCAGCAAUGCAAUCAGAGAUGGGUUAAUGUGCACAUUACAAGCUAAACAGCCGAUAAAGCCAACCAUGUGUGCCAUAGAGGGCAUUUAGUUCUUAAUGUUAGCACUAGCUAACUGCUUAUGGAGAAAGUAAAACAAUAGUGAAUGUAAAUACAAAAGCAAAGGAGUAUUUGUGUUUUUCUAGGGUCGGUUUUCUUAUUGUUACUUUUACAUAUGCAAUGUUUUAAUGUUGAAUGUUUUUUAAUAAAGUGUGUGGUUAUUAAACGUGUU